CAUGCAACGAUUUGGCUCCGACCUCAGCCUUCCCAUCCAUCCAUUUCACCCGGACGAUAUAUGCGAAAAGGCCGGCGCAAAUGAAAUCUUUACGGAGAACGGCCUGUGGGAUCUGAUCAGCACCGUGGUCGUGAUCCCCGUGUCGUAUGCUCUCCCGGGGAAUCAGUUCAUUGCCGACGGCGGACAGAUACAGGAAUAUACCGAAAUAUUCCCCGAUCUCGCUGGUGGCGACAAAGCCGGUCGCUGGUCGUACCACGAGGCGAUACAAGUGGUCCAGCGAGGCAGCGACGACUUGGGAUAUGAAUACGAUGAGCUUAGAGAUACGGUCCGACCAUUGGAGCAAACUCAGCAUUAUAGCAUCCUACAGGGCUCCCGAUAUACAUUCGUUAUCACGGAGGAAGCACUAUUGGUCAUGCGACUUUGCUUGUCCGUGGACCCUGUACGGACUUCACCAAGACCAGUGCGCAAUACUACUACUAGUAGUACUAGUGCCCCGGUUCAAUCGCAUCGGCGCGUUGUAUCUGGCUCGACCAUAUCGGAGGCAAUGUCGGGUCUUAGUGAGAUGUCGAUCGACUCGGUCACCAAGAAGAAAGGGGUGGACGUCGGCAUGGUGGAAUACUCGGUGGUUCCCUGGAAAGGCCGUGGUGAUGGCCUGACAAUCAAGCUGGCGCUAUACUGCCUUGUUCGGCUGGCAAACGAAGCUAAUGAGCUCCAAGAAUCCUACGAUUCACUGCAACCGCCACCAGUCGCGCCGAUUCAGAAUGCCCCUACCCAGCAGCAGGGAGGUGCAAAGGGGAAGGAGGUGGCCGAUCCGAAGGGUAAGGGCAGGCAGUGCAAGUAG